ACGAAAAGGAUUGAUCGGGGCCGAGAAAAAUAUCAUUUUACUCGGCGGUUUCUUCAGCUGCCGCCUUGGGCUUCCUCCACGUCGUUAUCCGGAAGAGCAGAACAGCAAGGGGAAGGAAGCGAGGAGGGGACGGGCGGGUCAAGAUCCCUUCUUUUACUCCCUCCCCCUUUCCCGUCCCGCUCGUCGCCUUCUCCCUCCUCCCUCGCGCUGGGAUACGGGUCUAGAUUCAGUCAGAGCCCAUGAUCCACCGGCUUUAACCACCGUCGCGCGGCUGCGCGGUGCCAGCUUCCUGCGCCCAAGAGCCUCCCGCGUGCUGCCGUCUCGCUGGUCCGGGCUUCCAGGUUGUUAGCAUGUGAGAAAGAUGGCGGCCGCUGAAGCAAGAGCUGCCUGGCAACGCGCUGCGAAUCGCUGCUUGGUUCAGGAGGAUGCAAAGAGAGCCCCGAAGCUGGCCUGCUGUCCGCAGUCUGUGCAACAGCAUGAUACGAGCAACCCUACGAACCCACAAGAUCCCCAUAUCCCUAACUUUAUGCCCGUAAACUGGAACCUGAUGAGCUCCAACUUGCCGACAGACACCCAGUGGUGGCUCCAGUUGCAGCCCAACUUCGGGUGCCAGAUGGCUCUUGCUAGGGAGCACCUCAACUAUAUCAAUGGGGAGGCUGGAGAGAAGAAAAUGGAAGGUUCAGUGCCAUUGUCUAGACCUGAGGAUGUUGGAGCCAAGAAGGGUGCUGAUCCUUUUGAGCCUCCGUGGAUCGUUUCAACGACUUUUAUGAAGCAAUCAUCUGAAACAGGUUUGGAAGAGCUGAAGACUCUUGCUGGGUAUGCUCCGACAAGUCUCAAGUGCAAAGGAAACACAAAAAAUUGUAUUUAUGAGGAUACAGAGUUUGCGGAGUUCAAAGCUUUUGAUCCUCUGUUUUCGAAGAAGCCGCAAAAGGAAUAUUGCGGGAUGAAUGCACCUUGGGAAGAUAACAAGAAGUCCCAGCCAUGGUGGCAAGUUGCUGAUGUUGAUGGUUUGGCGUCCCUUGUCGCCGAAAGAGCAAUGGAGAACAUUGUGAACAAUGAUCUGCCAAGACCGGCUAAUACAGUAAUGCUUCAUAGAGCUGAACCGAACAGCCCUGGAAACAAGGUUGAUUACGAGCUGCCAUUGCCUUCUGGUAAAGAGCUAAAUCGUGUAUGUGACACUAUGGCAUGCAGCUACAGUGUUUCAAGCACCACCAUCGAGACAAAUUCAUCUGAUGGGGGAGGUUGGGGACAGCAACGGAGAACUAAUGUAACUGGGGGUGCACAGGAUUCUUAUAGUUCCACUAACAAUACUCCAGACAGCAAGCCAACAUACCAGAAUGCCUCUGAGAGGGCAAAGUUGCUAGAUGCUCUUCGUCAUUCACAAACACGUGCUAGGGAAGCUGAGAUUGCUGCCAAGAAAGCCUAUGAUGAGAAAGAACACGUCAUUAAGCUGUUGAUUCGUCAGGCCUCACACCUCUUUGCGUGCAAGCAGUGGCUUAAAAUGCUGCAGCUUGAGAACAUUUGCCUCCAGCUCAGGUUUAAAGAUCACCAGAUAGCAGCCAUGUUCCCAGAACUUCCCUGGAUGAUGGUGAAGGAAAAGGUGGCACCAGGUCAAGAGCACAAAGAUGGGACAAGGAAGAGAGGCAGGAGGCCAAACAGGAGAGGUGGUCUCGGCAACACUGUUGCAUUUGCGGUUGGUGUUGGGAUUGUUGGUGCCGGAUUGCUUCUUGGCUGGACUCUUGGAUGGCUGCUGCCCAAGCUGUGAAGGAAGCAAGAGGGUGAAGUUAUUCUUAGAAUGCAUUCAUGCUAUCCUGUUGGUUCAGUUAAGCCACAGGGAUGAUAGCUUGAUACCUUAUGUUGGUUCCUGUAUAUAUAGAAGGGAUUUGGUGUACAUAUUGCCAGAAAACUGGGUACUAGGUUGGUAGCAGGGAUGGGGUGUUCAUCUGCGACUCUGCGUGCUGUACACAGGGGUCAGUGGUGGUCUGGUGGAAGAUGAAAUCAGUCGACUUCAACAAUGUAUGCAGUGGUAGUCUAGUACUGUAAAUAUGCAGCUUUUAUCUGCUUAAUCUAGCAGGAAUUAUUGUAUUAAAUAAGCUUGCUGUAAUGUGUUAAACGUAUUUGCACGUGUCUGCUUUUCACCUGGAGAAUAUGGAAUACAGUGGCUAGUCAUAAUUCCAUGCA